AUGACCGUUACCGCUUCCCCCAACCAGCUCCAGGGCGUCGCUGUCGUCACCGGCGCCGGCUCCGGCAUCGGCCGCGCAACCUGCAAAGCCCUCGUCACCCGCGGCGUCAGCGCCGUCACGCUCGUGGACCUGAACGAGGCCGGUCUCCAGGAGACUCAGGCGCAGCUGCAAAAGAUCAACGCCGAGGUCAAGACGCUGAUCGUCGUGUGCGACGUCGCCGAUGAGAGCAAGGUCGUCGACUUCCACCAGCGCACAGUCGAGUCGUUCGGGCGCAUCGACUACGGCGUCAACGCCGCCGGCAUUGGACUGCACGCCCCAUUCGACGAGUGCACGUCCGAGCAGUGGGACAAGGUCAUGAACAUCAACGAGCGUGCCGUCUUCCUCUGCAUUCGCGAGCAGCUCCGCGCCAUGAAGAAGCAGGACAGGCUGCCGGCGAGGAUUAGGGACGCGGACAGAAGGGUGCCAUCGUGUCCAUCUCGUCCGUGCUGGGAUACAAGGGCAGCCCCGACAUUCCCUCGUACAUCACCUCGAAGCACGCCGUCAUCGGUAUGGCCAAGGCCGCCAUGCGCGACGUCGCCAAGGACGGAAUCCGUGUCCCAGCCUACUCCUCGUUCGAGCCUGCUCGCUUCUCUCCCAGUCACACUGACAUACAGGAACAACGUCGCCCCCGGAUUCAUCGACACGCCACUGACGAACAACCCCCGUGCCGGCUCUCUGCUCGCCGCCGCGACCUCGCCCCCCUUCACGCCCAUGGCCCGCCCCGGCCGCCCGGAGGAGGUCGCCGACGUCAUCGCCUUCCUGCUCUCCGAGGAGGCGAGCUUUGUUAACGGCGCGACCUGGAACGUCGACGGUGGAUUCCUGGGCUAG